UGCAGUUGCAAGUUGCGUUAAUAAAGCUCGAGGAAGAAGAAGCAGCUGGGGAAAAUGAAGACGCCGAACUGUCAAAUUAGAAGAGUAGCAUGGGUCACCACAGCAGCAGCAUUAACUCCCUUGUGUUUCCUGUUGUGAUGGGAUGCCUUGCUGCUUUGAUGCUCAGCAGUGCCUUCAUAUACCUGUACCUGGAUGCUGUGUAUCAGUCGGAGGAGCAGCUGGUGAAAACACACUCUGACUGUCUCCCUCAACACUUUAAACUGCCGGUCAUGAAGAACUGUAGCCCCUGGCUCCAGUGUUCACAGAUUGAAGCAGAAGUACGCAAGAUAAAGCUGAUUGGGCUGGGAGCUGUGAAGAAGGUCUAUCUGGCAGAAUGGAGAGGUCAUAAGGUGGCUCUGUCUGAGCUGGCCUCUGUGGAAUACCGAGAAGAUUUUCUCCAUGGACUGUCGAUGUUGCUGGACCUUCAGGGCCCACAGGUUGUGCAGUUGGUGGGAUUUUGCCUUGAAGACGACAUUAUAGUUACCCAGCACCAUCCACACGGCUCGCUGCUAAACCUAGAAGACGUUCUGGCACAGCAGAAGUACCAGCAUCUAAACACUUGGCACCUCAGGCUGAGACUGGCCACAGACUACGUCUCCAUCCUCCACUACCUCCACAACAGCCCUGCUGGGCGGCGGGUGAUGUGUGACUCCAACAGCCUGGAGAAAACCCUUUCACAAUUCCUGCUAACGAAUGACUUCCACCUGGUGGUGAACGACCUAGAUGCUCUGCCCAAAGUAGACGCGUCUAAGGGCGCCCUGGUGAAAUGCGGCAGCCGAGAGCUCACUGGAGACUUCGUGGCCCCAGAGCAGCUUUGGCCUUUCAGAGACAGUGGACAGCCAUUUUCAGACGAUCUCAUGCCACCGUAUGAUGAAAAGACAGAUAUCUGGAAGAUUCCAGAUUUGACACAGUUCAUAAUGGGAAGGACUCCAGGUGGAGAUUUAGUUCAUUUUCACCUUUUUCAGAUCCAUAAGGAAUGCAAAGAUGUGGACCCUAAACUCCGUCCUUCUGCUCUGGAUGUUUUGAAGGCAUACAAAUUGGUCUACAGUGCAAUUGUACGAGAAACAUCUGGACACAGAGAUAUGCUGUAGGAUCUUUCUCUGAGCAACAUUUAGCUGAGUAGACAGAAAAGACAACAUAAAAUUUGAUGGUUGCAAAAUCUUCAGAACUCUUGUUGAAAGGUGUGUUUAGACUAAAGGUGUUUUCUCUGCUUAUAGAUUCAGUUAGAUUGGGAACCAAAAUUACAACAUUUGUUACAGUUGGUGCGGCUCACUUUCAUCUUUUGAAAAACCUGUUUAUCUCCUUGCCUGUGUGGACGCUGCACCAAGAACCACUGAAGAAGACAUUGAGCGCAACUACCUUCUUCACAAAAUGUAAACAAAAAGGGAGUGGCGUCAGAUUUUAGCGGUUGUAGGAUUUCUCUUUUGUGUUUCUCAUUUUUGUUUACGUUUCAUGAAGAAGGAAGUUGCACUCAUGUCUGUUCUGAGGUUUUCAUGUUUUUGCUUCAGUGGUUCUUGGUGCAGCAGACAGGUGAGGGGAACAGGUUGCUGGAUCAUUUGACACAGUGCAGUGAGAAAGAGAACCGCUGCAGCUGGAAAUGGAACAAAUGUUGCAAUUUUUGUCCCCAACUGAAAUGAGUCUAUGGGACUAUCAGGUGUGAAAACACUCUAAAUUUGGAUUGGGCCUGCGAGUUCAACAAGUUCACUUUUCAAUGUAUUUUUCUAGCCUGAGUAAAGGCAUCUGGUAAAAAGAUGUUCAUGAAUGUUCAGUGUUUGGGGGAAGACGGUCCAGACAUUAUAAAAAUACUCAAGUCAGAGGAUGUAGGAAUCUUAUUUGCUAUCAAAUGCAACGUUUGUAUGUUUACUAAAAUAAACUUAAGUAAAAAUGA